GAGGACUGUUUAUGACCAGACUCUCACCUACAUGGAAGCUAGUUUUAAACAUUCAACAUCCAACAUCCUGAAUUUCUCCAUCAAGGGUCGCGGUUUUUUAUUUAGUGAUUAUUUCCUCUUUACGAUUUUGAGCAAUUGUAUAGGCUCCUUUACAGCUCGCGCCUUCUCUUUUUAUUUCUCGCGCACAAUUGAGUUUAAUACGUAUACGACGUAACAGUAUAAUAAAAGCAAUAUUCUCUUAGAAAUGUCUUCCAAUGCGCCUGUCCAGUUGUCGCCGUCUUGUUUUCCCCUCAUCCUUAAGACACACCGGCCACAAUGACAAAGCUUAAAGGAGUGCAAUUGUCUGGGAUCACACGUUGUUUUCCCCUUGCAACGGAGGUUGCCCUGCGUCUGUAGGUCGGUCGCUGUUUUCUCACGACUCGCGUGAAGUUACAGAUUCUGUUAUCUUGAGACUACAUAAGAGGCGGUCCGGAUCCUGACCCCGAUUGUAUGAAUAAGUAAGCAGGAUGCUCACGGCGAACGGGUGCCUAUAGGAUUUUAGGCUUGCACCCGGGGAUUUCGUCUCGUGAAGAACACAGUCCACUGGAUUCAGGGAUCGUAGAGGAGCGAAGCGGAGCGCAAAUCCCAAAGCGGAGCGAGUUGCUGCAACGCUCGAAAACUUACUAACCGCUGUCAUCGGCGAAGUGAUAUACGCUCCGGAGCGCGAGAGAGGCUUCGCGAUGUCCCUCUAAAUUCCAUUUACAAAAUACCGUCGAGACUUUUCGGAGGAAAGCACAUUUCCUCAAAGUGGCUGAGGUACUUUUUCAUUCAUUUGUAACUUUGGCUGGUGUGUAUCCAUUCGGCAUUAACACCUACAAUGUAUUGGAUCACAAUUUUACUUGCUGGAUUGACUUUAUGCGGGAAAGUGACAAUGCGCAAUAUCUUAGAUUAUGAAGACAGUUAUGAUUAUUAUGAAGAAGACAGAGCGGAAACAAUCGACUACAAAGAUCCCUGCAAAGCUGCUGUCUUUUGGGGAGAUAUCGCCUUAGAUGAAGAAGAUCUGAAAAUGUUUCAAAUUGACAGAACAAUAGACCUCACUCAGCACACACAUGAAAGACAAGGGCAUACAUCAGGUGGGUUUGGGGAACAGGAACUGGUGAAGAAGAAAGGAUCACUGUACCUGCUCCUGGAGAGGAUACGAAGACUGAGCUUCGACAAUGGGCCGAAGAACUCCAGCAGGGAGCCGACGGUCCCGAAGCCCUCGGGGAAAACCGGGAAGGCCAGAAUUCCUCGAGCGGCCACUUCCAGAGCCGAGCGGAUCUGGCCUGGAGGAGUCAUCCCAUACGUUAUUGGUGGAAAUUUCACCGGCAGUCAGAGGGCGAUGUUCAAGCAGGCCAUGCGGCACUGGGAGAAGCAGACGUGCGUCACCUUCAUAGAGAAGACGGACGAGGAGAGCUACAUCGUCUUCACCUACAGGCCCUGCGGGUGCUGCUCUUACGUGGGCAGGAGGGGCAACGGACCUCAGGCCAUCUCCAUCGGGAAGAACUGCGACAAGUUCGGCAUCGUCGUCCACGAGCUGGGUCACGUGAUCGGCUUCUGGCACGAGCACACGCGGCCGGACCGGGACGAUCACGUGACCAUCAUACGGGACAACAUUCAGCCAGGACAGGAAUACAACUUCCUUAAGAUGGAGCCGGGGGAGGUGAACUCCCUGGGGGAGCCGUACGACUUCGACAGCAUCAUGCACUACGCCAGGAACACCUUCUCCAGGGGCAUGUUCCUGGAUACCAUUCUGCCCUCCCGCGACGACAACGGAAUACGGCCUGCCAUUGGUCAGCGGACAAGGCUGAGCAAAGGGGACAUCGCGCAGGCCAGGAAGCUGUACCGAUGCCCAGCUUGUGGAGAGACGCUACAGGAGUCUAUGGGUAAUUUUUCAUCUCCGGGAUAUCCCAAUGGCUACCCAUCGUACACACACUGUGUUUGGAGAGUAUCGGUAACUCCGGGAGAGAAGAUUGUGCUCAACUUCACAACGAUGGACUUGUACAAAAGUAGUCUGUGCUGGUACGACUACAUUGAGGUCCGCGAUGGGUAUUGGAGGAAAGCCCCACUUCUAGGUCGAUUCUGUGGGGACAAAGUGCCUGAGGUCCUCACCUCCACCGACAGCCGCAUGUGGGUGGAGUUUCGCAGCAGCAGCAACUGGGUGGGGAAGGGAUUCGCCGCCGUUUACGAAGCCAUCUGUGGGGGCGAGAUCCACAAAGACGCCGGUCAGAUCCAGUCCCCGAACUACCCCGACGACUACCGGCCGUCCAAGGAGUGCGUGUGGAAGAUAACCGUGCCGGAGGACUACAGUGUGGGGUUGAGCUUUCAGGCUUUCGAGAUUGAGAGACAUGACAGCUGUGCCUAUGACUACUUGGAGGUUCGGGACGGGCACGCAGAAGGCAGCCCUCUGAUUGGUCGAUUCUGUGGAUACGAUAAACCAGAAGACAUCCGAUCUACCUCAAAUAAACUGUGGAUGAAGUUCGUCUCAGACGGAACGGUCAACAAGGCCGGAUUUGCUGCUAACUUUUUCAAAGAGGAGGAUGAGUGUGCCAAACCGGACAAUGGUGGAUGUGAGCAGAGAUGUGUGAACACGCUGGGGAGCUUCAAGUGUGCCUGUGACCCUGGAUAUGAGCUCGCACCCGACAAGAAAAGCUGUGAAGCUGCCUGUGGGGGCCUGCUCUCCAAGCUGAACGGGACCAUCACCACCCCUGGCUGGCCCAAGGAGUACCCCCCCAAUAAGAACUGCGUGUGGCAGGUGGUGGCCCCCACGCAGUACCGCAUCUCCAUGCAGUUUGAGUUCUUCGAGCUGGAGGGGAACGAAGUGUGUAAAUAUGACUUUGUGGAAGUGCGCAGCGGCCUGUCGCCCGACUCCAAGCUGCACGGGAAGUACUGCGGGACCGAAGUGCCCGAGGUCAUCACCUCCCAGUACAACAACAUGAGGAUCGAGUUCAAAUCCGACAACACCGUGUCCAAGAAGGGCUUCAAGGCCCAUUUCUUCUCAGAUAAGGACGAGUGCUCCAAGGACAAUGGCGGCUGCCAGCACGACUGCACCAACACCGUAGGGAGCUACGUGUGCCAGUGCCGCCACGGAUUCGUUCUGCACGAGAACAAACACGACUGCAAGGAAGCGGAAUGCGAGCACAAGAUCCACAGCUCCAGCGGGACCCUCAGCAGCCCCAACUGGCCCGACAAGUACCCCAGCCGAAAAGAGUGCACCUGGGACAUCACCGCCACCCCGGGACACCGCGUGAAGAUCUCCUUUAGCGAGUUUGAGAUCGAGCAGCACCAGGAGUGCGCCUACGACCACCUGGAGGCCUUCGACGGGGACAGCGACAAGUCGGCCAUCUUGGGCCGGCUCUGCGGGAACAAGGUGCCCGAGCCGCUCGUCUCCACGGGCAACAAGAUGUACCUUCGCUUCAUCUCCGACGCCUCCGUGCAGAGGAAGGGGUUCCAGGCCACCCAUUCCACAGAGUGCGGCGGCAGGCUGAGGGCGGAGCCUCGGCAGAAGAACCUGUACUCGCACUCGCAGUUCGGCGAUAACAACUACCCGGGCCACGCGGACUGCGAGUGGCUGAUCGUGGCGGAGGAGGGCUACGGGAUCGAGCUCACCUUCACCACCUUCGAGGUGGAGGAGGAGGCCGACUGCGGCUACGACUACAUCGAGCUCUUCAACGGCUACGACAGCACGGGCCAGACGCUGGGCCGCUUCUGCGGAUCGGGGCCGCGAGAGGAGAUCUACUCCCUGGGGGAGACCAUUCUGCUGCACUUUCACAGCGACGACACCAUCAGCAAGAAGGGCUUCCACAUACGAUACACCAGCACCAAGUUUCAGGAGUCCCUGCAUAAUAGAAAAUGAAGAUUAAAAAAUAGAAAUAAAAAAGCAACCGCCAACCUCACCAGGAGACAGCACGUCCUUCAUGCCACAAGAAAAAAAAAAACAAAACAAAAAAAAAAAACAUUAAGCAUAAAACAAAACGAAAUAUAAAAAACAAUAAACAAUUUCAUUAAAGAAUCAAAAUCUGAAACGAGAACAGUGAGAGACCCGUACCAUUGCCUGAUUGGUUAGAGAGCCUGGCUGGACGAGGCAUAUUCAGUUGCUGCCAUGGGGAAAAAAAUUUUAAAAUUAUGACGUGACAAAGUCCAUGGAUGGCUGGGUUCCUUUUGAUGUCUACAGAUCUACAGAGUGGAUGGGAGAGCGUUUAGCGGGACCGUAUUACAGUGCACGGCAGCGGCCCUCUUUCACAUCUCCUCCUCCACCCUGCGGCCUGUUAGCACGUUAGCGGAUUUAGCACGUUAGCGCGCUGCCUGGGACGGCGCUAACGAAAUGCAGCGCACGGGCUAAAUGGCUCAUCAACGUUACACUUACUCGUAUGUGAUGAUAACCCUGCAAAGACUUUAUUUUUGUAUCGUAUUUGUAACGUUUCUCCGUCCUCCGUGCUCGACAAGAGACGUUCUCAGCUUUCGCGUUCUGUGCGAUUCAAACAACGACAAAAACGGAAUCUGUUUCAGAAGAUGUUUCUGUACGUCGACGGCCUGUCCGUUUCCGAGUGUUAGAAAAGACACUGUGCGCCACGGUGAAACGAGCUGGGACUCUACCUCUGACGCUUUGACGUAAUAGGGCAUCUCGUGAAACACGACCAGACCUAUCCCCAAGACAAACAUUAGAACAUCGAGGCUGGAGACAGUUGGACGGUUGCACAGGACUGAGGGAAUGACCUUAUUCCAAUGCCUUUUGAUGUCCGUGGACUCGUUAACCAAACCGUUACAUCUCCGAAUCGUUGUAAUGAUGACUUUUUUUUUGUUUUUUGAUUUGUCUUAAGCGAUAAACGUGAGUCUGUGCAUGCGCGAGAGACGUCGGGACAAAUGUUACGAGUCAGAGGGGCUGUGUUUUUCUCUUGCUUUUUGGCUUUGGCGGAUGUAAGGAGGACAAAAACAAAAAACAAAACUAAAAAAGUGACGCCUUCCAUAUUGUAUGUAUGAUGUUCCAUUUGUGUCCAUGUUCUGUCACGUCCUUACUGUGCAUCACUAAGGAAAUCCUGUGCAGGUUCCCUCCGAUACUCUACGGGGCCCUUGUUAAAGUUUCGGUGAGACUACGGUGUUUUUUUUUGUUUUUUUUUUGGUGGGAGGGUGGAGCAGAACUCGGUCCACCUCACAGUUAACACCCCCGACUCAAAAUACAAGCUCUUAUGGAACUCGAUAUUGACAAAAAAAGAACUAUAGAGAACUUUUCGACUCACGCUUGUAUUGAAAAUUUCAGAGGAAGAUGCAGGUGACCAGUCUUUUUUUUUUUUUUUUUUUGGACUUAAGCACAUAAGGAAAGUUAGCUGCUGCUUGAAAGGGAAUUCCUAUGGUGCUAUAUAAAAUGUACAGUGAGAAAAAGGACUUUUAUUUGAACCUAUGAGCCAACGAUCCUGCAAACGUAUGAAUGUGGACGUCCAAUGCCGUCCGAGCACGGCUGGGAGGGGGGCCGUUAAAGAACGCGACUAACAGCAGUCCUGUGGAUCAACAACUGUUGCCUUAGAACCAAAAUGUAUAUUCUUGCACAUGUUCCUGUAGAUACAUUUGUUGUUUUAUUUUUCCUUGUUUUUUUAUUUUUAUUAUUAUCUUAUUUGAUAACACACGGUCUACGGACUUGAACGUUUUAUUGUUUGAAAAAAAACAAACAAAAAAGAACCAGAACAAAUCUAAAAGUCAUAUAAAUAUGCCCUUGGACUCUUGUUGGACAUCCUGUAUGUAUGUUGUGACGCAAAGUGGCAUUUCUAAACAAAGAACCAUAUUAUGUAUGUUUAUCUAAACAGGGCCGUUUGCGAGCUGCAGUUACGGUGCAUGGUGUAUAUGCAUUAUGUAUGUUGUAAGAUGUGGUGGGGGAAGGGGGAGGGAGGGGAGGCGUUCAUGUGGUAUGGUUGAAUAAGUCAACACAUUGCUGUACGUGCCAAGUUCCACUUGAACCUAUUUCACCGCGGUUUUCGUUCUCUUCUCCGGCGUAUGGCCGCCUGACGGCAGUGACUGCACACCCAACUGGUCAUUAAAGACUUUUGGUCAGCUGAACAAAAAAAAAAUUAAAAUAUGUGUGCGUGGCUGAGAAA